AUGGGUAACGUGGUUGGAGGAAUAAAGACGAAAAAGAAGGCCAAGAUUAUGAAAAUCGACGGCGAGAUUUUCAAGCUGAAGCUGCCGGCGACCGCCGCGGACGUGCUCGGCGGUUACCCGGAGGGAUACGUGUUGCUGGAAUCACAAUCCGUAAAGAAGUACGGAAUUCGGGCCCCGCGAAUACAGCCCGAAGAGUUACUUGAGCCCGGCAAGAUUUACUUUCUGGUGGAUAUGCCCAAGUUUCCGGAGCCGGAAACCAGAAGGGCUACUUCUUUUGCCUACAUUGGCGGCGCUAAGGAGCGGCUGGAUAGGUUGAAGAUGGCAAAGCGGUCGGCUAGUGAUAUCGGGCCGGGCUCGGUUCGGGUUAAGAUGCGGAUCUGCCAUGUUUCUUCUUUCAGCUCAAUAUGCAUUCAUUGA